CGGCGAUGGCGGCGGACGGGGACUGGCAGGAUUUCUAUGAGUUCCAGGAGCCGGCCCGGAGCCUCCAGGACCAGGCGAACUGUAACACGAGCCCCGAGGCCGGGGCAGGGCCGGGCGGGGGAGGCGACAGCUUUCCAGCGCUGGCCUGCAGCUUGGAGGAGAAGCUGAGCCUGUGUUUCCGCCCCUCGGGUCCGGGCGCCGAGCCCCCGAGGGCGGCCGUGCGGCCCAUCACCGAGGGCAGCCUCCUGCAGGGGGACGAGAUUUGGAAUGCCCUGACAGAUAAUUAUGGAAAUGUAAUGCCUGUGGACUGGAAGUCAUCUCACACCAGGACCUUGCAUUUGCUUACUCUGAACCUGUCAGAAAAAGGGAUAAGUGACAGCUUGCUCUUUGACACGUCCGACGACGAGGAGUUGAGAGAACAGCUGGACAUGCAUUCAAUCAUCGUGUCCUGUGUUAACGAUGAGCCCCUCUUCACUGCAGAUCAGGUUAUUGAAGAAAUUGAAGAAAUGAUGCAGGAAUCACCAGACCCAGAAGAUGAUGAAACGCCCACACAGUCAGAUCGGCUUUCGAUGCUUUCCCAGGAAAUUCAAACUCUUAAGAGGUUUAGCACAAGCAGUUAUGAAGAAAGAGUAAAAAGGCUGUCAGUAUCUGAGUUAAAUGAACUACUAGAAGAAAUUGAGACCGCCAUUAAGGAAUACUCUGAAGAGCUGGUGCAGCAGUUGGCCCUGCGAGAUGAACUGGAGUUUGAAAAGGAAGUGAAAAACAGCUUUAUUUCUAUUCUCAUCGAAGUACAAAACAAACAGAAAGAACACAAAGAAACAGCCAAAAAAAAAAAGAAACUCAAGAAUGGGAGCUCUCAGAAUGGGAAGAACGAGAGAAGUCAUAUGCCCGGCACACGCUUCAGCAUGGAAGGGAUCUCAAAUGUCAUUCAGAAUGGCCUCCGCCACACCUUUGGAAAUUCAGGUGGAGAGAAACAGUAUUUGACAACAGUCAUUCCUUAUGAGAAAAAAAAUGGACCACCAUCUGUUGAAGAUCUUCAAAUAUUAACAAAAAUUCUUUGUGCCAUGAAAGAGGACAGUGAAAAAGUUCCGAGCUUGUUAACUGAUUAUAUACUGAAAGUUCUGUGUCCUACAUAGGGUGGCAUCACUUCAGGAGUUUUCUUUCGUGGACAAGCUAGAUUUCCUAUAGCAUUAUUCUGAAAGCUGGCUACCAUUACCUUCCUGCUGUUGGAAACUCAGCACACUUGAACUUGGGUUUGUGAUUCAGUAUUAAUAGAUCCUGCCUUCACUAAUUCUUUAUAUUACGAACCAAGAGAAAUAUGGCACUAUUUUGAAUUCUACAGAUGGUUUUUUGUUAAACACUAACAAUUAUGAACUCAACUUUGUAAAGAGUAAUAUUAAUUAUGCAUGUGCAUUUAUAGUUUUCAUUAACUGACAGUAUGCCUGUGUGAGUUUUUAUGGCUUUUUAGAGCUAAACUGCAUUGAAGAACUGGAUUAAAGCAUUGAGAGAUUUACACUAUAGCUAUUCUUCAGUGACGGUGAAAACCAGCACAGAUUUUUAUGAGAAUUGUAGUAUAAAUAUCACCUUAACAGUAUUGGAACUAAACCAAUGUGGGCUGUUCUCAUAAAUAGCUCAACCAGAAUGUGUGUGAUUUUGGCUUAAUUCUUAGUAUCAAAACUGUGGUGGUGACUGGUUUUAGGUUUCACCAUUGUUUAGAUUAAGUUGCCAUUUACUUUCAGAAUCCUGUUAAAGUUUAGAUGUUUGUGUUUUGUUUCACGUGUCUGAAGAAGUGCCCUUUCCUUAUGGUGCUUGAGAAACUGUGCUGCAGCAUCGCCCAGUUCCCACUACUGUGUUGUUUUAUUCAUGCCUGUGUGUUUUCCUAAAGUACUAAUUUUAGAAACAGCUACUCAUGGAAUACAUCACUACUUGUGAAACACUUUUGCCAGUUCUAAUCAAGUCAGUGCUAUUUAAUAAAUGUUGAAAACAGGUAACAUA